CUCAUUUAACAGCAGACGCUCAGCGUGUGUUUGUCUAUGGGACGGAUCGCUGCUCCUCUCCUCACACUGAUCUCCUCUGCUAGAAGCUCCUCUCCACUGACAGUGCCGAUGGCCUCCUCCGCUCGGAUCCUGUGCGCUCUGCUCUUCGUUUGGGUUCUUCUCUCGACUCCCACCGAAUGCAAGCGGAACCGAGGCGCGAUCCCUCACCCGGACAAGAGCAACCCGAACGAGUCGGACCAGCAGCAGCCGGCUUCGGGCUCGAGAGGUAGGAGCCGGGGUUCGGAGGAGGUUCUGGAGUCCAGCCAGGAGGCGCUGCACGUCACCGAGCGCCGCUACCUGAAGCGCGACUGGUGCAAGACGCAGCCGCUCAAGCAGACCAUCCACGAGGAGGGCUGCAUCAGCCGGACCAUCAUCAACCGGUUCUGCUACGGACAGUGCAACUCCUUCUACAUCCCCAGACACGUGCGCCGGGAGGAGGGAGCGUUCCAGUCGUGCUCGUUCUGCAAACCCAAGCGCUUCACCACCAUGACCUUCACCCUCAACUGCCCCGACCAGCAGCCGCCGACCCGGAAAAAGCGCGUCCAGCGGGUCAAACAGUGCCGCUGCAUCUCCAUCGAGCUGGACUAGAACCGACAGCGAAGCUUCAGUAAGAACGCACGAGUACGAGACACGCUUGAUCUGCUGGAACUACAUCUGUCACCAUUACACACCAUUUACAUUCGUCUACAAAUUCACUUUCAGGCAAUAGUCCAGUCCAGUUUUUACCUAGUAGUGCACGUGGGUAGUUGACAUGAAAAGUGUCAUUUUAAAUAUCAAUCUUGAGUUUUAAAUGCAGUUUUAUGAGUGAGAAGGCAUGCAGUAUUUCUACUUUUAUAAACGAAGUUUAAUUUAAGUAUUGUUGAACACAAGAUUUAAAACCUUAAAAUGGUCAAAAAAGGCGAAAAGCAUCUUAAAAUUUUGACUAUCCUUUUAUGCAACCGUUUAAAGAUUUUUGAUAAUAUUAAACAUGCAUUUUGUAUAACAUUGAGAGAUGCAUGAGUAUUUGUAUAUUUAUAAACUAACUGCAGGAAAAAGGACCUUAAGAUGGUGAAAAUAGUCAAGAAGCACCUAAAAAUGUUUAGAAAAUUGCAACCACAUGAUGCAUGCAGUACUUGUACUUGUAUAAACAAAGUUUAACUUUAGGAUUAUUGAACACCAGUUUAAAAAAAAAUCUAAAAAUGCAAAAAAACACCUAAACAUUUUGACUAGCAGUGGAUGUGGGUAGUUGAUAUAAAAAGUCUCAUACUUCAUCUUAAACUAUUGUUUUACACAAACAUUUAAAUAUUUUUUAUGAUAUUAAACAUGCAUUUUUUAUGACAUUGAGAGAUGCAUGCAGUAUUUGUAUAUUUAUAAACUAACUAAAAAACUUAAAAUGGUAAAAUAAAAAAUAGUCACCUAAAAGUACCUAAAAACUGUUUUUUAAAAAGUAGAAUGAUCAAUGACAAUUGUUUGCAUUCAUUUGACUGGUCACAGAAAUGAUUUGCAUUCAUUUUUUACCACAUGAAUUUUGAAUUAAUCCAAAUGUUGAGUAGUAGUGCAUGAAAAGUGACAUGAAAACUCAUUUUUUAAUCAAAAAACAGUUUGUAAAAUGUAAAUACUCUUUUAUGAUUCAACAUGUUUUUUUGAGCUCAUUAACUGAGAGAUGCAUGCAGUUAUUUGUACUUUUAUAAACUAAGUUUAACCACAGGACUGAACACCAGCAGGAAAAGAAAAAACAUCUAAAAGUGGUCAAAAACACCCCAAAAUGUCAAAUGAUUAAUGACAGUCAUUUGUGUUAAUUUGACUGGUCACACAAAUUAUUCUGCAUUUUGUACCACAAUCAUUUAAAACUUAUAAUACUUAAAAAUUCUAAUACCAAUUUUGUAAUUAAAACAAUUGUUUUAAACAAUAUUUAAAUUGUUUGAUUAUUAAACAUGCAGUUUUUGAAGCUUAUUAAUUAUUAGUGUUUUUACUUUUAUAAACUAAAAUCAAUUGCAGGAACACCAGUGAAAAUCUACCAAAAAAAAAAAAAAAAGAUCAUUGUUUUCACUGGUAAUAAUAAUAAUAAUACCUAAUAAAAAAAAUAAACAAUAACCCCAAUUUUUGAUCUUAGAGUUUUGUGAAAUGUUCUAGUGAAGUGUGUGUUGUAAUGGUGACAGAUGCAGAAGAGCAUCAUUCCUCAUGGUGAAUGUCUUCAUUCAUCUCCAAUUCUAGAAUAAAGAGAGUUUAAGGACUGAUAGUUUCCACUAUGUGGAACGACUUUAUUUAAUGUGACUGAAUGAGACACUGUUCUUCAUGUUUCUGCUGGAUUGCUGUGAGUUUCUUCAUGCUAUUCAUCUAUUUAUAUAAUAUCAGUCAUAGAGAUUAAACAUGGAAAGAUUAUAUGCAGUUUGAUCACACGUUUUGUACAGAUGUUGUGUAUAAUGUUGUAUGUAGAUAGUGCUUGUACGAAGAUGUUCAAGGCCUGCGGGAAGAUCGUAUUAAUAAAAGGUCAAACAUUUUGACCCCCGAUCUCUCUCUGACAAACGCACGAUUAAACGCUUCAUAAAUUACCACACGAAUCAAUUUCACGCUGCGCGUUUUACGCACUGAGCUCGACCGCAUACGCAGCCAAGCUUACGAGGCAAUUUAGAGGAAAAGCAGUCAUUAAACGCAGGAACUGCGGAAACGUGGACAAACUUCAUCAAACGGACUGAAUUUCUCAUGCAACAAAAACGAAUCAAAUCAAGUGUGAUUUAAAUGUAAAUACCUUUAAUAAUACAACAAAAAUAAUAUGCAGACUUUUGAGAAUCUUACGUUUCCUUUUGCAGACGCUGAUGUCCAAAACAUUUAUU